GUGCGACUGAGCGGGACUGACAGCGCGCGGCGCAAUCACAGACCGGAACAUGAAUGUUUAGCGAACACGCAGGUUUUCCGGUCCAAUCCCAGAGUGGAGACGAGGCGGGACAUGUCGUUACCAAGGCGAGACUGGAGUCAAGUAUAAAGGGAAUAACAUGGUGUCCCAGCGGCUGUUUAUGUUUACUUAAAGAAGACAUUUGGACGGAAGCUGUGCGGGACACUGCGGACUCUUCUUCGCUCUUUGCACUUUAACUUUUUUGUAUGUUCAGAUUUACACGGCCCGUGGCAUGUAGAUCUCAUAUUUCACUAAUGUGCCAGUCUUACAAAUGGAAAGGGGGCUUCACUUUGGAAACGUGAGCAUUUCCCUGGUGCUCCUCUUGUUGCUCAAAGCGCUCAUCGGAUUCGGGACUUCGCACGCGCAGGGCUCCGCCGUCGGGAGGGAGCCGCAGUCCGCCGCGCGGGGCUCCAGCUCGGAGGAACAUGGUGCCGGAGUCAUGGAGCGGGCCAGGGGCAACGUCGGCGCCCCGGUCAUCGUAGCAGACGUCACCGUGGAGGACGACGACAACGGGUCGGCGGGGGAGGGCGACGAGGCGUACGGAGAAAGUGGCGGAAACGUCCAACCGACGAGGUCUCUUGUGAUCAUCAGCACCCUGGAUGGGCGGAUCUCUGCACUGGAUCCUCACAACCAGGGCAGGAAGCAGUGGGACCUGGAUGUUGGCUCAGGGUGCCUGGUGUCGUCCAGCCUCAGCAAACCUGAGGUGUUUGGCAAUAAGAUGGUCAUCCCUUCACUGGAUGGUGCCUUGUUCCAAUGGAACCGGGACAGGGAGAGUAUGGAGGCAGUGCCUUUCAGCGUGGAGUCCCUGCUGGAUUCGUCUUACCGGAUCGGGGAGGACACUGUCCUGGUCGGGGGCAAAUCUCUCACUACCUACGGCCUGGGUGCCUACAGCGGCAAGCUUCGGUACAUCUGCUCUGCGGUGGGCUGCAGUCGCUGGGGGGAAGAGGAGCUGGAGGCCGAAGACGUGCUCCUGCUGCAGAGGACUCAGAAGACCGUGCGAGCCAUCAGGCCUCGAUCAGGGAUGGAGAAGUGGAACUUCAGCGUCGGCACCUUUGAGCUGAAGCUCAUUCCUGAGACACAGUCUGGGAUCAACUUCCUGGAGGGAGAAUUUGCUGGUGGUGAGUCCUGGAGGGAGAGUCAGCGGGUCAUCGUUGAUGAACCCAAAGAUCGAGAGCACACAGAGAACAAUCAGAACCAGAACCUGGACCUCGUCAUCAAAGUGUCUGUCCCUGACUGGAAGGUCAUGGCCUUCAGUACGGAGCCUGACGGGCAGCUGGUGUGGGAGCGUCAGUUCUGCACUCCCAUCGCUUCGGCUUGGCUGGUGGGCGGGGGCAAAGUCACGCCGAUCACCUUGUUUGACGACAAUGCCUACAGCAACCAGUCGGAAACCGAUGAAGAGGAUGACGACGACGAAUCCAAGCAGAACAGAGGAGAAGAGGAAUCCAGUGUUUACCUCGGGAUGUUCCAGGGACAGCUCUACCUCCAGUCCUCAGUGAGGAUCAGUGAAAAGUUCCCUUCCAAAGCUAUCGGAUCGGAGAAGGACAUCAUUCCACUGCCAACGGUCAAAUGGAAGCCUCUAGUCCAUUCCCCGUCUCGGACACCAGCCCUGGUCGGCUCCCAUGAAUUUGACAAGUGUCUGAAUAAUGACAAGUUCUCCCAUGACGAGUACAGCAACGGAGCCCUGUCCAUCCUCCAGUAUCCGUACGACAACGGAUACUACUUCCCCUACAGCAAGCGUUACCGGGAGAAACGUGAAAGUGCCAUAAGCCUGAUAAAAGGAAACGGUGCAGGGGGUGACAGCCGCAGGAGGAAGGACCCCGUGCUGCUGCUGCCAUGGUGGAAGGAGAUCCUCGGCACCAUCGUCUUCUGCAUCGCCGCCACCACCUACAUCGUCCGCAAAUUCUUCCACCCUCCCGCCCCCGUGGCCUAUGUGAGGCAGCGGAAAGAGUCGGAGACACAGUGCCAGACCGACUGCAAGUUUGACCUUGAGGUUGUGGAAUCCAAAGAGCCUGUUGCCAUGGAGACCCGCUCCAGUGAAUAUGUGUCCAGGUACCUGACUGACUUUGAGCCGGUGCAGUGCCUCGGCCGCGGGGGGUUCGGCGUCGUGUUUGAAGCCCGCAACAAAGUGGACGACUGCAACUACGCCAUCAAAAGGAUCCGUCUGCCCAACAGAGAGCUGGCUCGUGAGAAGGUGAUGCGAGAGGUGAAGGCGCUGGCCAAGCUGGAGCAUCCCGGGAUUAUCCGCUACUUCAACGCCUGGCAGGAGAGCCCCCCCGAGGGCUGGCAGGAGGAGAUGGACCAGAGGUGGCUGAAAGACGCCAGUACCACCGACUGGCCAAUGAGCUUCCUCGACCACAUGGAGGCGCUGUCAGUCAAAGUCCCCGUGUCCAGCUCAGUGUCUCCCUCCUCUGGACCUGGAGGAGACGUCCUGGAGGCCUCCGUCGACGCACAGGCUCUGCUCUCCAGCAGCGCCAGCGGUGCUGUGGGUUUCAGCAUUGGUGACGGAGACCUGUCCUUCCACCCGCUGCUGGGCCACGACAGCCUGAUGUCUGAGAGGGACAGCCAGGCCGACCCCGACGCCUCAGACACCCCCCACUCCUUCGAGCUGUGUCCCCCACGUGGCCCCAGCGACUGCACCUCUUCUUCCUUUGACAUCGUGUUCGAGGACUCGGGCUGCGACCGAGACGCCGACGCAGACACAGACUCGGCUUCCGGCGUAGCCAGCCCAAGCACGAUGACGGAGAAGAACAGCUCGUCUUCCUCGCACACCAGACGACAGGAAUCUGUCCCGCCCUCCUCUUCCUCUCCCCCUCGGCCAACCUCACUCACACUGGCUCUCCCAGCGACUCCUCCGACUCAGAGAGUUCAGCCGUCGCCAAAGGUGUACCUGUACAUCCAGAUGCAGCUCUGUCGGAAGGAGAACCUGAAGGACUGGAUGGCUCAGCGCUGCCUCACGGAGCAGAGGGAGCACAACCAGUGUCUGGAUAUCUUCGUCCAGAUCGCAGAGGCCGUCGACUUCCUGCACAGCAAGGGCCUCAUGCACAGGGACCUCAAGCCCUCCAACAUCUUCUUCACGAUGGACGACGUGGUGAAGGUGGGAGACUUCGGCCUGGUGACGGCCAUGGACCAGGAGGAAGAUGAGGACGAGCCGAGUGCUCUGACGCCCGCCCCGCUCCUGACCCGGCACACGGGCCAGGUGGGCACCAAACUGUACAUGAGCCCCGAGCAGCUCUCUGGAAACUCGUACUCUCACAAAGUGGACAUUUACUCUCUGGGUCUGAUCCUGUUCGAGCUGCUGUAUCCUUUCAGGACGCAGAUGGAGAGAGUGAGGACGCUGACAGAGGUGAGAGCGCUGCGCUUCCCUGAGGUCUUCUCCAAAAACAACGUGCAGGAGCUGAGCAUGGUGCGCAGCAUGCUGUCCUGGAGCCCCGCCGAGCGCCCAGAGGCCGCUGACAUCACAGGGACUCCUCUCUUCCAGGAGCUGGAGCUGCCAUGCCGACUGGCCAUGAGGCAGCGCUCCCGUACCUACAGCGCCUCGUCCAUGGGCCGCCCCUCACGCCAGACAUCGACUACCUGAAAGUCCCGUGACGCAAUAUGUAACCCCGCCCCCUCAACCCCCGCCUGCUGUCACACACUGCCUCAGACUCUGAACGCCGAGUACCACAGGAAGUUACCUCGGUGGCUUCAGAGCAGCGAGAUAACGUCCUGUUCCUGUUACUCACACACAUGCCGUUACGUCUCCGCACACCGACAUGCUGCCCUCCUCCCGAUUUUAAUCCCACCUACAGGUGAAAGAAGAUUUUAAAGCAGCAGCUGAUCUGUAACGUUCUGACCCGACUGGACUCAAGUCGACCAAUAAAUAAUUCUUAGAGAAGCAGACGGACCGCGUCCAUCAGCUCAGUGUUGACUAACCAUUGAUCAGCUCAUUGAUUCUGAAAUGUUAACAUGAUGAAAUAAUCCUCCUCACUCUGAGGUCAUUAAUGAACACGCUGAGAAUUAUUAAACGUCCAAUCUGACUCCAGUCUGGUCCGAACGCGCUGCUCGCUCCCAACAUUCAGCCAGUGUUGACCCACCCACGCCACACCUCAGGUAUCAAACCAAGAGGACGAUCCAAAGGGGCCUUUGAUCAUCUAUCUACUGGUGACCAGUCUGAUCACUGGUACGAGCACUAAGCGGUGUUCUGACACCUGAUAUGCCUGAUUUGGGAGACCAAAAAAGACCCUCUCUUUUUUCCUACGUGUUUUUUUUUUUUUUUAAGAGAAGGUGAUGUGUGUCGCAGAGAAGAGUUUAUGAAUCAGAUCAGAUAUGAUUUGCCUUUAGAAGGAGGCGUGCGGCGCCUCUGGAUGAAUGAAUGAUGCUGAACCUCUGUCUUUCUGCCUGUACCUGAUAGGAAGGUGAAGGGGUGAGUGUGAGUCUAUGAUCUUAAAGCCAGUACCUGGAAGCAGUUUUUUUUAGUGUGUAAAUUUCCACAAUGACUCUGAGGUGCUCAAUCAUUUCUCCAACACCUCCUCUUUAAUCUGUGUAAAUACCUGAAGGGAAAAUGUGUUUAUAUCUUUUUUCUUUGUGAAUCAGAAGACGUGUGGGACUGAUGUGUACAUACUGUAAGGCUCCGGUGCUUGUAAAUGGCUUUUCAUAAGGAAACUGUAAGAUAGUGUGAAAUAUACCGUGGGAGAGGAACAAAUACGUACAGAGGUGUGACACUGACACGCCAGGAAAAUAAAAAACAUGUCAGCAUCAGGUGAUAACGUGAAAAGUUUCCUGAUAAAACAAGAUGUUUGUCACGUUUUUACAACAUGUUUUGUAUGUUUUAAAAAGAAAAGUUUCACAAAAGAUAAAAUAUAUUGUAGUAUAUUGAUAUAACAAGAAGUUUCUUAUUUUACAAGUUUUUGUUACAAUUGAAAAGUUUCUUGUUAUGACAUGGAAUUUCUUGAUAUAAUUGAAAAGUUUUCUGUUAUAACAUGAAAAUAUCUUGAUAUAAUUGAAACGUUUUCUGUUAUAACAUGAAAAUAUCUUGAUAUAAUUGAAAAGUUUUCUGUUAUAACAUGAAAAUAUCUUGAUAUAAUUGAAAAUAUCUUGAUAUAAUUGAAAAGUUUUCUGUUACAACAUGAAAAUAUCUUGAUAUAAUUGAAAAGUUUUCUGUUAUAACAUGAAAAUAUCUUGAUAUAAUUGAAAAUAUCUUGAUAUAAUUGAAAAGUUUCCUGUUAUAACAUGAAAAUAUCUUGAUAUAAUUCAAAAUAUCUUGAUAUAAUUGAAAAGUUUCCUGUUAUAACAUGAAAAUAUUCUGUAAAAACAUGACAACAUCUC